AUGGCGGCCUCGGUCAACGGAAUGUCGUCGUCCUCGCGUCAUGCUCUCAGCACAGCUUCACGAUUCCACCACCACCUCUACCUCGCAGCCGCUCCAGCAACGGCCCUCCUCCAGCACUCUCUGGCAGCUCUUACCACGCUAUCUCAGGCCCCUCCUUCUGUUCCCUCCGCCUCUGCACCGCCCUUGGGAACGUCUCCUGGUCAUGAAACCGCUACAGCCGGAGGUCAUACGAGCUGUUCUCCUCUGCCCGUCAGCUCCCCUUCAGUCGGCAGGCGCUUUCUGUCAACCCCGGCCUCCUUCUUUCACCCUCACCUCUCCUUUUCCGGCCGACCCGCGGGCUCUUUCCCCUCGCCAGCCGCCCUCUCCCGCCAUUCUCUCCGCUCACCUCCACGUCAUCUGUCCCCCACAUUCGCUGCAAGCGCCGCGAAUCCCGUCCUCGACCAGCCCCUCUCCUUCCGUCCCUUCUUCUCCUCUACCGGUAACAGCAGCGGCGGCGACAAAGUGGACGUCGCGUCGUCCACGCUAGCAGAUGCUGCGCGAAAGGCGGCAGGCGGACCGGCGGGAGACGCGGCGGCCGCUGCGGAGUCGCUCAAUGUGGAGAACGUGCAGAAGCUGUUUCAACAGCUGUCCACGUCAGAGGUCGCGAACGCGAUCCUGAACCUCGAAAUGGCGGCGCGGGAGAUGGUGGUGGACGCCAGCUCAGCGCUGCUGACGUCACCUGUGAUGCGGAUUCCGCUGGUGGCGGGGCCGGUGCUGUGGGGGGUGCGGAAGACAGCGCAUAAGCACUUCUGUGCGGGGGAGACGCUGGAGGAGGCGGUUGCGACGCUUGACCGCAUGCAGCAACUCGGGCUCAAGGGCAUUCUGGACUUCAGUGUGGAGGACGCGUUAGACGAUGAAACAUGCGACCGCAACAUGGACGGGUUUCUGCGCACCAUCAGAAUGGCCUCACAGCUGUCACCACCCAUGGUGAGCUUCGCCUGUGUCAAGAUCACAGCCCUCUGCCCACUUCCUGUGCUUGAGCGAGUCAGCGAGCUCCUGCGCUGGGAUCACAAACUUUCCUCUUCCUCCUCUUCCUCCACCUCCUCCUCAUCUGCCUCUGUCCCCAUGCCAUGGCGCCGGCCCUCCCUCCCCAUUCUCGCUCCCGAGUCCCCCACCUACUUCACUCCCUCCUCCGCACCUUCCCCUCUCACUCCCAGCGAGGAAGCCGCCAUCACAGCGGCUCACGAUAGACUAAGGAAAAUCUGUGAUGCCUGUGCUGAGGGCCGUCUACCCCUCUUGAUAGACGCAGAGUACCAGUCUGUGGAACCAGCGAUUGAUUACUUGGCGUAUGCGUUGAUGAUGGAGUAUAAUAAGACGGGUGUGACUGUAACAGGAGGUGGGAAGGAGGCGGGGAAAACAGAGGCAGAGUUGCCGUUGGUGUAUUCCACAGUGCAGUGUUACCUGCGGGAUGCGAACCCGAGGCUGGCUGCUAGCUUCGGCGCGGCGCAGGAGGCCGGGGUUGGGUUCGGGGUGAAGCUGGUUCGGGGGGCGUAUCUGGUCCGGGAAUCUGCCGAAGCUAAGAAGCGUGGAGCAACAUCACCAGUGCACGAGAGCAUUGAGAACACGCAUAAGUGCUAUGAUGCUUGUGCGGGAAUGAUGAUUGAUGCUGCAGGGGCGGCUGCUAAGAGGGAGUCUAAGGGGGAGAGCGGGCCUGCUGCUGGCGUGGUACUGGCAACCCACAACUAUGGAUCAGGCCGGGUGGCAGUGGUGCGAGCUGGCGGCGCAGGAUUGGCUCGCACGGAUCCUCGGCUGCACUUUGCACAGCUCAAGGGGAUGGCGGAUGGGCUCUCCUUGGGGCUCGGAUUCGCUGGCUUCAACGCAUCAAAAUAUCUUCCGUAUGGUCCCGUGCGAGAUGUCAUGCCGUACCUGCUGCGUCGCGCGCAUGAGAACCGAGGUGUGCUGGGCAACACUCGCGACGAGCGACAAUGGCUCAGGUAA